AUGGCUGCGGCUAGCGACAAGGCUCGUUACUUUCUUGAGCAAUCAGUGCCGGAACUGAAAGAGUAUGAGCGAAAGAAGAUCUUCAGUCGAGAUGAAAUCACCAGUAUCGCCCGCAAGCGAUCCGACUUCGAGCAUAAGAUUAACGCAAGAGGUUCUACGCCAACAGACUACGCUCGUUAUGCAGAGUUCGAGAUGAACGUGGAUGCCUUGAGGCGUAAGAGGGUCAAGAGACUGGGGAUCAAGUCGACAGCCCACAAUGGCAAGCGGCGUAUCUUCUUCAUCUUCGACCGAGGGACACGGAAACAUCCUGGUGAUGUCGCCCUUUGGCUGCAGGCAAUAGAAUUCGCAAGGAAACAAAGAGCAUACAAAAAACUGCAGGAGAUAUUUACCAGUGUCCUGCGGCUACAUCCCACGAAGCCGGACUUGUGGAUCUAUGCUGCACAGUUUGCAAUGGAGGAGAACGGAGACAUGACGGAGGCAAGGAGUUACAUGCAGCGAGGGCUGAGAUUUUGCAAACGGACUCGCGCACUAUGGCUGGAAUAUGCAAGACUGGAGCUCACCUACAUUGCCAAAAUCCACGCUCGACGAGAGAUCUUGGGAAUUGCAGACGGCCAACGCAGAGCUGCAGCGACAUCCGAGGAAGAGGAAAAUCUCCUGCAACUGCCCAAGCUGACGGCUAUGGAUAUCAACCCGGAUGUCGAAGGCCACGAAGCCGACAACUCGGCCUUGCAGAACCUGGAAUCCACACCAGCACUGAGUGGUGCCAUUCCCAUUGCAGUGUUUGAUGCUGCGAUGGAUCAAUUUAGUGAUCCUACCGUCGGGUACGACUUCUUCAACGCGGUCCUCGAAUUUAACGACCUUCCGCCUUGUCGCAGGAUCGCAUAUCACAUUGCAACACGGUUGUCCGAGAAACACCCGCAGAGUUGGUGCAGUCAAGUGUGCCUCAUUCAGCUCCCGCUGGUAUCGCUGCCUCCUUCUUCGCCCGAGUUCCCCUCAGCUUUGAGACAGGCAUUGGCACGACUCAAGGAGGCGCGUUCGGAAAUAGACAGUCCUGAAACCUCGACCUGGGCAAAGACUUGGCUACAGAGGCUUCUCGAAACGCCUGAACUAGAUCCAGCGAUCAAGAUGGUUGCAACUUCGGUCUUGAGAUCAUUCAACACCCCCGAGUUGAACGGUACAACGUGA